AACCUGUCUCACCAUCUUUUGUAUUACUUUGAAAGUCGUUUUGCUGUGUACCGUAUCAAGUUCGUAUAAUCGUCUCCUCUUUCCUCUCUCAGUUGAUGCAUGAAACUGUGACCCUGCGGCGGAGUUCACGGAACGGGGAACGUAGACAAUAGUGACAAAAAAAAUGGAUCAAAGAUAUUUCCGGGAUCAGUCGUUGAUUUCACGCGUGCAAACGUACAUGCGUGAAAACGAAAACAAAGUUUACAUCGAUGUCAAUGAAAUGGCAGACACAUUGCAAAAGCGGUACAGGGACUAUCGCGGUAAGAAACGCGGUGCUUUCCGCGCGAUGGUACGUAAAGCAUACGACGAGCUCACAGAAUUGUUCUCGAGGAAGCCAAUCCGUGAGUGCUCUACAUACAACGAUUAUGAAGAUGAUGAUAUCGACAUUGAGUCAGAUUCGCAACAAGGUCCGAUAGGCAAUAUGUUACUACGGAUGUACAAUAAAUCAUCGUGCAAACAAAAUGGAAACUCCAGCGAUAAAGAAUUGAUAGAUAUCAGCAGUGACGACGAUGCGUCUAAGUCUGAAUCUAAGGUUGAAUCGAAAAUUGAGAAGGAUGCAAAAGAGGAGAAGCUUGUAUAUAAUACAGCCGAAAAUUCUAUGCAUAUAUCUCCAUCGAUUAUAUUUAAGCUCGAAUCACCAGCUUCUCCUUCGCCAUCACCACCACCACCACCACCGCCGCCGCCGCCGCCACCACCGUCUCAGACACCUCAGUCACCUCCGAUACCAGCAGCGCAACCCGCAAAUGGAACUAUAAAAUCGAUACCUUUAGAAUCUACGAAGAAACGGCAGAGAGGAAGGGAUAAUGACAGUGCGCCGUUUGUAGCGGCGAAAAAAUCAAAAACUGUGCCCGUCACAGAAUUAAAAGUUACAUUCUCGAGUGUAGGAGGCAGUGAGAAAGUCUUAAAGACUGUGUGCACUUUACUCGCUCACAUGAAACAUCCGGAGAUCUUCAAGCAGCUCGGCAUAUCUCCGCCAAGGGGAUUUUUACUUCAUGGACCGCCUGGAUGUGGAAAAACAUUACUGGCGCAUGCAGUUGCGGGAGAAUUAAACAUGCCUCUGCUGAAAGUAGCAGCACCUGAGCUUAUAGCUGGAGUAUCUGGCGAGAGCGAAGCCCGUAUCAGAGAAUUAUUUGAUCAAGCCUUAGCUCUUGUACCGUGUAUUAUUUUCUUGGAUGAAAUCGAUGCUAUCGCGCCGCAUAGAGCUACAGCACAGAGAGAAAUGGAACGUAGAAUUGUUGCACAAUUAUUGUCAUGCUUAGAUGAGCUGAAUCUUAAAGAAAAUGGGGACAGAGUAUUGGUAAUCGGUGCGACAAAUCGACCCGAUUCACUGGACCCUGCAUUAAGGAGAGCAGGACGCUUUGAUCGUGAAGUGUGCCUUGGAAUACCGGACAGGGAAGCAAGGGCUAAGAUUCUAGCGGUGCAUACUGAAAAAGUUGUACUGGCUUCUGACGUCAGUUUAUCGACGAUAGCCUCUCUUACUCCGGGUUUUGUUGGUGCGGACUUGGUUGCCUUAAUUCGAGAAGCUGCUAUGGCUGCCGUGGACAGAGUUUUUGAGAAUCUUAAGAAAGGAAACGUGAAAGGGAAAUUAGCGGAAGUAAUCGAAGUGGCUAAAGAGUCUGCUGAGAAGCCUGCUAAAGAGUCUGCUGAGGAAUCGCAGGCUUCCGAAAAUAUGGGAAAUAUAGCUGACACUAAUGAUAUAACAGAAUGUCCCGUAGACGACAAUCCAGAUUCGAGGGAGGAAUUGGCUAAAAGUUCUCUAGACGUGGAUAAAGACGUAUAUAUAGAUAAAAGCAUAAUUGCUCAGACGGAUAAGGACAUGACAAGUCAAACACGUACGACACAAAUCGUCACACGGCGUAAAUCGUCGGAUCUUGCGAGCCUGUUGACUUGGUUGCGCACCGAACCGCCGCUUUCUCCGGAACGCUUGUCGACUUUGCGUGUCGAACACAGUGAUUUCGAGACUGCCCUGCGCGUUGUUCAACCCUCGGCAAAGAGGGAAGGAUUCGCAACGGUUCCCGACGUAACAUGGAACGAUGUUGGCUCGCUGCAUGAUAUACGGCAGGAGUUACAAAUGGCGAUUCUCGCUCCCGUCAGGUAUCCCGAACAAUUCAAUGCGUUAGGUUUAACUGCUCCUGCGGGAGUAUUGUUGUGCGGCCCACCUGGUUGUGGGAAGACGUUACUAGCCAAAGCCGUCGCCAACGAAGCCGGAAUUAAUUUCAUUUCCGUCAAAGGACCGGAACUUCUAAACAUGUAUGUUGGCGAAAGCGAGAAGGCGGUCCGUCAGUGUUUCUUAAGGGCCAGGAACUCGGCACCGUGCGUAAUAUUUUUCGACGAGUUGGACGCUUUGUGUCCUAAGAGAACAGAAAGCGAUCAUUCGGCCACCUCGCGCGUCGUUAAUCAGAUGCUUACAGAAAUGGAUGGUGUCGAGGGUCGACAAGGGGUAUUUCUCAUGGCCGCCAGUAAUCGGCCUGACAUUAUAGAUCCGGCCGUCCUGAGGCCCGGGAGGCUGGACAAAAUUUUAUAUGUCGGUCUGCCGACCGCUACGGAACGAAUCGACAUUCUGCAUACGCUAACAAAAAAUAAAACCAGGCCGAAAUUAAACGAAGAGGUCGACUUGCAUUCGGUGGGACAUCACGCUACGGGCUUUACCGGUGCGGAUUUGGCAGCCUUGAUAAGAGAGGCCGGUAUGGAGGCGUUGAAGGAAGCGAUUGCGAAUUGCGACAGCGUACCAGAGAUCUGUAGGCGACACAUUACACUGGCGUUUCAGAAAGUACAGCCGUCUGUCCUCGAGAAGGAUAUCAAACAUUACGAGAAACUGAGAAAAUUGUAUUCAGCUAAGGAGAAGCCCGAGGGAAAGUUUACUCCGAUGGAGAUUUGAAGUACAAUCGCUAGAAAGAGCCUGCAGGCUGGUGAAUUCUUCCAUUAUCGAGUUUCACGUUAAUUUUUACAUAGCGCAAGUGAAAGUUACUUUUAUAGAUUAGUUUUCACAACUGUAAUGCUUGGUAAGUGGACGUAAUUGAAUUUCCUGCGAGUUUCUUACGAGAAACCAAUGAUAUUGUUUCAAGAUCUUCAUACGUUCUAUAUGUUAUUGACAAAUCCGAACGUGUAUACUCGAUCUUUACGAAGAUAUGAGAUAUCAAGCAUAUGUAAUUUUAAUACGUUAAGAAGUCUUGAUAAAAAUGCAUACAUCAAUAAACAUUUAAUAUCGUACGCUCUAUAUUCCCUUUUUUUUUCUUUUUUUUUUUUUUUUUGGACUACGUGUGUUGUAGGUUUAAUCGAAGACACAAGUAAUAUAUCCUAAAAUAAGAUCUCACAUCAGGCACUUCUAAAACAUUGAAUAUUAUUUAAUAAUCAUCUAAUACAGACCCGCUCGUUCGUACAUUCGACUUACCGACAAUUUCAAUUGAUACUUGCAGUUUACUUCGCUAAUAAAAUAAAGAGUAGAGGUAUCGUCGUGAAAUCGUGUAAAAACCGCAAUAAGACAUAAUGUAUCUAGUUAUCUGCUUUAAAUCUGCUGGUGUGUAUACUAGCUAAGCACCAGUGUGGAGUAAACACAGUUCAGAUCAUACACGUACAUUAAAAUUUUACAUUAAAUGCAAUGUCAAUUAAUAAAGUUAUACAUUAUUAAUCACGUGAGCAAAUCAAUUUUUGCUUUAAAAAAUCUGUUCACUUAUCUAUUAAGCACAUACCCAGAACCAUAUUUAUGUAUAAAGAAAUACUUUAGAUACAACA